ACUGAAACAUGGAGAUUGGAGUAGAGACUAAACAGUAAGCAGUUGCAAAUGGCGAUGCAGAAGUGGUGGUGGUGGGCAUCGAAGAGAGUGUGGAAUCGUAAUUACUGUAUGACUAGUGGAGUGGCGAGAGAGAGAGUAGAGUGCGUGGUGAUCGGAGCAGGUGUAGUGGGAUUAUGUGUGGCUAGAGAGCUGGCUUUAAGAGGUCGACAGGUCUUGGUCUUAGACUCGGCUCCCACCUUCGGCACUGGCACCAGUUCCCGCAACAGCGAAGUCAUUCAUGCCGGCAUCUACUACCCUCCUAAUUCUCUCAAGGCAAUCUUUUGUGUGAGAGGAAGACAACUGCUGUACCAAUAUUGCUCUGAGCGCCAAGUUCCUCACAAGCAAAUUGGUAAACUAAUUGUUGCCACCGGAUCUUCUGAGAUUCACAAGUUGCAUUAUUUAAUGGAUUGUGGGAUUCAAAAUGGGGUUGAUGGUCUGGUAAUGAUGGAGGGCUCCCAAGCCAUGAGAAUAGAACCCGAAUUGAGAUGUUCGAAAGCCUUACUAUCACCAGUUUCUGGGAUUGUCGAUACACAUUCUUUCAUGCUUUCUCUGGUGGGUGAUGCUGAGAAUUGUGGCACAAUCUUCUCCUACAACACUGCUGUUAUUGGUGGCCACGUAGAACAAGAUCAAUUGUGCCUUCAUGUUUCUCAAACCAAACAUCUUGAAAUGUGCAAUGGAACUUCUCCGCUGCAACCAGAGAUGGUACUCAUUCCUAAGCUUGUUGUGAACUCUGCUGGGCUGAGUGCCCCUGCCCUUGCCAAGCGAUUUGAUGGCCUCCAUAGUGCACUCAUUCCCACCCCACAUUAUGCUCGCGGGUGCUACUUCACUCUAUCCAAUACUCAAAUCUGUCCUUUCAAACAUUUAAUAUAUCCCGUACCAGAGGACGGUGGCCUUGGAGUGCAUGUUACUUUGGAUUUAAAUGGUCAGCUCAAGUUUGGUCCAAAUGUUGAAUGGAUCGAUGGUAUCGACGACGUUUCAAGCUUCCUGAAUAAGUUUGACUAUUCUGUAUGCAUUAGUCACAUGAAGUUAUUUUACCAUGAGAUAAAGAAGUACUACCCGAAUCUAAAAGAUGGGUCCCUCGAGCCAGGUUAUGCAGGGAUUAGACCGAAGCUUUCAGGUCCUAGACAAUCUCCAGUUGAUUUUGUGAUACAGGGAGAGGAUAUUCAUGGGAUAACCGGUCUUGUCAACCUUUUUGGAAUCGAGUCACCUGGUUUGACUUCAAGCAUGGCAAUUGCCGAGCACAUAGCCAUCAAUUUCUUUAGAUGUUGAUACCUGCAAAAUUCCACAUUAAUUUGAAGACGCUGAUGUCUGCACUAUGAGUGAAGGCGCAUUGAGGAAGUAAGGUAUUACAUCAAGCGACUACAACUUAUAUUUCCUCCAACUCAGAAAUAAGCCUUUUAAAACAGUGGGGGCAGCCUUGAUACCACCAAUGACACCAGCAACUGCUCUCAAUCAUUUACAGGCUGUUCUCGAGAGUGAUUGCAGAGAACUGAUCCCUGAAUGAUAAGAUAUUAGGAUGUUGGAAAAUUUACCCUUUCCUCAAUGGGUCUAGAUAGCAAGAGGAGCUAACCGCGCUGAUGAUGGCGUGACCAAGCUAGCUAAGAGAGCCGUGCUCAAAGAUGUGUAUGAACAGCCCCUCAGACUGAUAAAUGUUUUGGUGAAUGAUCACCCUUUGUUCUCACUUGCCUACGUAAUUCGAGAUUUAAAUGUUAAUAGUUUUUCUGUAGUUAUGUUGGCUUGUACUCG